AUGGCACCAAAAGCAGAAAAGAAACCAGCCUCUAAGGCACCAGCUGAGAAGAAGCCAGCCGGAAAGAAGACGGCCGCAUCCUCCGAUGCUAAGAAGAGAACAAAGGCCAGAAAGGAGACCUACUCUUCGUACAUUUACAAGGUGCUCAAGCAAACGCAUCCAGACACUGGUAUCUCCCAGAAGGCCAUGUCUAUCAUGAACUCUUUUGUGAACGACAUUUUCGAGAGAAUCGCAUCUGAAGCUUCCAAGCUUGCUGCUUACAACAAGAAGUCCACCAUUUCUGCUAGAGAGAUCCAGACUGCUGUGAGACUGAUCUUGCCUGGUGAAUUGGCUAAGCACGCUGUCUCUGAAGGUACUAGAGCUGUCACCAAGUACACUUCUGCUACCUCUGCUUAA